UCGCUGCGAGGGCUUGGUGGGAGCGUUGAAAAUUAGUUGUGCUGCGUGUUCAUUGAGGUGGAGUAAUCUAGUUGACGUUAUUCGGUGUGGAAUUAAAUAGUGCGGGGUCCGGAUUGUGCCGUUUGGUGUUAGUUUUGUCGAGUUUUGCCAUGGACAGUCAGUGCUCCUACGUUACCAGAAACCUCGGCGGCGAGGAACCUUACGAGGUCUACGCUGCUGGAAAGUCGGGAAAUAAUCUUUUAAGCCUUGAUGCUCUUUUAGCGGAUCUGCAAAAUACCGUUUCCCCUGUUGGCAGUAACACAACACCUGGGUACGGGUCUCUUAGCGGCGUCAAGAGUCAUGGUGCAACAUCUUACAGAGGAUACGACAACCGGACUUCGUCGUCCUUAUCACAAUCGCCAACGUAUCAAAACCGGCAAAUCAUUGACGACGAAAACGCAAAAGCUGAAGGCGAGCCUUACUCUCAAAUUGGGAUUGGAGGGAAGAUGCCAUCGUUAAAUAACAAUCUCUCCGAGCUGGACACUCUCCUGAAAGACCUCAGCAAUGCCCGGUAUAAUACACAGAUCCAGGAAAGAGAAUGCCAGAGUACGACAACGAGAACCAGCGGAGGAAGAGCGAGCCCCGUGUUCCGUUCCCCGAGCAGCGUGUCGGUAUCUCGUCCCACGGUCGACUCUUUGCUCGAGGAAUUGAAUACCGCAGUGACCAACGGGGAUUACCACCCCGAGGGGAAAGUGAAAGUGACGAUAGAGGAGACAUCGACGAAAGUGCAACCAGUCUACGAUGGGUACCCAUCGAGUCAGCACAAUUCCUUCCACCAGGCGGACAUUCAGAAGAGCUACACCAAUGGCCACGCUGCCAGCAACGCCACCAAGGAGCUGGAUGAGCUCAUGGCUUCGCUCUCGGAGUUCAAGAUCGAUGGCUGUGCACACCAUCAUCAAACGGUGACAGACUCCCCGUACGCCAAGCCGAAUAAAGCUGUGAAGAGCUCUUCUUGUUCGCACUUGUUGGAUGAUACGCACUCCAGGAUCCACGUAGUCGAGACACGAGCGACACACCUCUAUCAACCGCAGUUGGAACACACUGCUAAGCACACCAAGCAGAACCAGUUGGAUUCUAUGCUAGGGAACCUCCAGGCAGACAUGAGUCGCCAAGGAGUCAACACUACGCAGAAGGGAUGCUGCAAUGCCUGCGAGAAGCCCAUCGUGGGCCAGGUGAUCACCGCCCUUGGAAAGACGUGGCACCCCGAGCACUUCACCUGCACCCAUUGUAACCAAGAACUCGGCACCAGGAACUUCUUCGAGAGGGAGGGCCACCCGUACUGCGAGCCCGACUACCAUAACCUCUUUUCGCCACGUUGCGCAUACUGCAACGGACCCAUUUUGGACAAAUGCGUUACGGCCUUGGAGAAGACCUGGCACACGGAGCACUUCUUCUGCGCACAGUGUGGCAAACAGUUCGGGGAAGAGGGCUUCCACGAGAGAGAUGGAAAGCCCUACUGUAGGGAAGAUUAUUUCGAUAUGUUUGCCCCGAAGUGUGGAGGCUGCAAUCGUGCCAUCAUGGAGAAUUACAUCUCUGCGUUGAACAGCCAGUGGCACCCGGAUUGCUUCGUCUGCAGGGAUUGCAGACAGAAAUUUCAAGGAGGCUCGUUCUUCGAUCAUGAAGGAUUGCCAUACUGCGAAACACACUAUCACGCGAAACGAGGUUCCCUCUGUGCCGGUUGUCACAAACCCAUAACAGGUCGGUGCAUAACUGCAAUGUUCCGGAAGUUCCACCCCGAGCACUUUGUUUGUGCAUUUUGUUUGAAGCAGCUGAACAAGGGCACGUUCAAGGAACAAAAUGACAAACCAUAUUGCCAUGGCUGCUUCGAUAAGUUAUUUGGCUAAAACCGUUCAUCGAAGUUAAAGAUAUAUCCAGGGUGGCAGGAAAGGUGCAAGAUUCUACAACGUUAACUAGUAUUUACCCACGCGUCGUCGUUUAUAAUAAAUCAGGCCUUACAAUUAGAUAAGGGUGAUAGAUAUUCCAUAACUUGGUAUACGUUAUUCUCUGGGAUACCAAAAGUCGGUUAUUUUUGUUAUACCUCAUGUAUUCAAUUUGCCUGCUAUAUGCAGAUUCGUCUGUUUCGUUAUGACGUGACAGUGGAAUUCAUUUCAUAAGUAUAACAAUAGGUUUACAGAGCAAAGCUUACACUUAACUUUCAGUGUACGGUGGGUUAACGGAAUGAGACACUGGCGUAUAAUGACAAAUACAUCCGACGAGAUAAGUUUUACAUUUGUAACACUGAGAAGCAGACUUGUACUCGGCAGUAGAUUUUAUGCUCCACAACGUCUUCGAAGAGAUUUUAAUAUUUAUCGAUGACGAGCAAGACGUAUCGUUAUCACUCGGAAGGUUCUCUCGAUGCAUCUAUAUACCACUACUCGUUUAAUAUAACAGUAGUACACGUGCUUGUACGCCAUUGUUGUAUCGCAGCUACAAUAUCUAGUAAAUAAUUACCGUAUAAUCGACACUUUCAAGGAUAGUACAUAACCUAUAUGUAUUGAUCAGACAUUCUGCCGUAUAAUUCACGUUUUCCAUCGUCACGAUAAUCAUUACUUAUCCUUGAUUGAGAGUACUAUUUUUGUUACAUGAACAGACAAUGCAGAGACAGUAUGAGCAUUCGAUCUAAGAUACUGAAUUAUCAUCAUGUAAUCGCAGAUAACCAGAAGUCGAUCCGUUGGAUCUUUCCAUUUCUGACUUCUGUGUGCCGAAAAAAAAACAAUUUUAUACGUAUAUAUGAUUUUGAUGUUAGAGAUAAGAUUCUCUGGACUAAUUUUGAGGAAGAAUAAAUUGAAUGGUUAACACAA